AUGCCUACAUUAUUUGCAAAUACGCAAACUACAAUUAUAUCCGAUACAAAUCGACAAAACCCUUCAUCGACACAAAAAUCGGACUCUGAAACACAAUCAAUGGAAGAAGUGGAAUCGAAGAUGAUGAACUUACUAGAAUCAUCUUCUAAAGUUAUCGAUUCACUUCCAAAAAAACCCGACGAAAAUAUUUCGGAAACUCUCGGGAAGCAAAUCGCUAGCGAUAAACUUAGAAAUGAUAAAUUAAAUUUAAUAAAACAUCAAAUUCCAACCAGUUUUUCAAUUGCUAGCAGUCAAGGCAUAAUAAUAGAACUUACCUGUAAUUCAUUAACAGACAUAACAAAUUCAUUUGAAGAUCUUCCCGAUUUUGUGCAUGGAGGAACGGCGCCACUACUUACAAAACACAGUGACCUGAAGCCAGAUGCACAAAAUCUUUCAAAACGGAAAGUGCGGUCAACGGAAAAAAUUAAUUAUGGAAAAGCUGAUCAAUUAUCGCAGCAUAAGGAUUCUGAUAUGAUUGAAUCAGUCGCAGAAAAGAUUCCAUUGAAGAAAACUUGCCAAUUAAUGCCACAUUGGUGGAGUGAUCAGAAGACAUUCGUUGGAAACAUUAUAAAAACCACUCGUUAUUUCCGUGCAUUAAAUUUAUCAGUGAAUCAAACUGAAGGACGUUUUGAAAUUUUCAAGGAUAAAAAUAUUAUUGAAAUAUUGAAGCCAUUUAAUGGACAAAUGUUAGUAUUUUUCUGCUUCUAAUUUGUCAUAUUCGGUUGUGUUGUUUUGGCUUUUCCCAUCUUAUUAUUGCUGAUGUUCUUGCGUUGUAUGUCUGAAGAAGAAGAUCUGAUGGAGGAAGCGAUGUUUGAUCUAGCUGAAAUUUCCAUUUUUUGUGUGUUUUCGGUCAUUGAGUUUUAUAUGUCGUCAGGAGCAGAAAUUAGAGCUAUCAUGGAUUCGAUGUGUGCUAGAUAUUUAGAACGCAGUAUUGGAAUCAACGGAUAUUUGAAAGAGAAAGUGUACAAUAUAUGCACUGAUGUGAAGAUCGAAGCAUACGGUUUCCUUUCAUCCGGUUGUAUAUUUUUGUUCCUCGUUUUCCUAUUCGCUAUUGAUUUGAUCAUAUUACUGAAGAAUGCAGAGGAGGUAGAAUCACGAAAGUAUUUGCAAAUGGCAGCUUGUCUUCACUAUGAUAAAACUCUAAAAUGUAUGACAGAAUCAUUGCUCGAAGGUGUUUCUGUCGAAUCUCGUCGCUCAGAGAAACAGAAGCCAGAAAUGAAAUCAAAUGUUAUCAGUAAAAAGUGA